CUUGUAAUUAACCCGCUGAUGGGUAAGCAUCGUCAUAAAUGGUAUGGUCGCUCACGCCGCAGCGCCAAAGAGAAGAGCGGACCAAGUAUAAAGCCAGCCUACUCACCAUCUUGAUAAAUCCUGAAAUAUUCAGCGUUAUCUCUCAAGCUCACAGGAUCAACCUAAAUCUCAAGUGCUCUUCAUUGCUUGUGUUUGCAUCGCGUUCUCGCCAUGGCUGGACAAACCCCUGAUCCCGAUUACUUCGUCAAGGCACAGCAAUUCACCGCGAAAACAUACCGCGAUGUGUAUCCUGCCAUCGAUCCUACCAGCUCCUCCCUGUCUCAAGCUGGGAAAGUUGUGAUCAUUACGGGCGCAAGCCAAGGGUUGGGUGCAAAAGGGUUUGUACAAGCAUUCGCAGCAACGGGACCCAAAGCGCUCGUGCUUGUAGCCAGGAACGCAAAGAAACUCGAAGAGGUCGCCGCCAGUGUCAACGAAAAGUUUCCCAAUGUCGAGACCUUGAUUGUCUCCACAGACGUGGCAGACCCGGAGAGUGUAGCAGCGCUCUUCGAAAAGGUCAAGAGCAAGUACGGUCACGCCGACGUGCUGGUAAACAACGCCGCGGUGUUCAACAGCCUUUCGUCGGUCAAGGAUGAGGAUCACAAGGUCUGGUGGGGCGACAUGACCGUCAACAUCUACGGGACCUUCCUCGUAACCCAAGGCUUCCUCAAACUGCUCCCUGAGUCCGCCCCUGCCAAAAUCAUCACACUUACCACCGGCGCCGCCUACCAAGUCUUCCCCAACCUCUCCAGCUACGGCCUCUCCAAACUAGUCGUGUUCGAGCUUAUGGACUACGUCAGGGCCGAGAACCCGAACGUGACGGCGGUUGCGGUGCAUCCCGGCAUUGUGCCUACUGACAUGCUCAAGGACGCCUUUGCGCCGUUCGCUCACGAUACGCCGCAGCUGGUGGGCGGACUGGCGACGUGGAUUGCUGGCUGGGAGGGCGCAGAUCGUGCCUUCUUGAGUGGCAGGUAUUUGAGUGCAAACUGGGAUGUGGAGGAGUUGGUGAAGAGGAAGGAGGAGAUUGUAGAGCAGAAUUUGUUGAAGAUGGACUUGACUGGAAAGUUUGGCGAGGAACAGUUCAAGUAGGAGUUGUUGUUGAUAGCUAAUUAUUGACAACAUAAAGCUUCUGGGGAUUGCUCUGUUUGGCCGUCUCAGUUUACUUCCACAGCGUCGCUCGCAGGUAGCUUUCCUGUGCCAAUGUUCAUACCUGUACCUGUCGUUGGAGUCAAGGGUUCUGCAUCGCCAAGUCUUGCGGCUGCGAAUCCUGCGCCUCCAGGAGGAGUGUAGCCUGCUUCUAGCAGACGGUCAUACGAGCCCUGACGGAGACAUGUUGAUUCUCUGGUGGUCAAUUGCAGCUAGCCCAGAAUGGAGGAGUAUCCGAAACACAGACGUAGAUCUCCACGCCGACAGCCUGAAAAGCCAU